AUGGAGGUCCAGCAGAACCUGGGCGAGAUGCCGGACCGUCCCAUUCUUGAUUUUCUGGUGAGAUAUUUUGUGGCCGAGGUGAAUUGGAUGGACCAGAUGGUCUACCCGCCGUGGUUUCUGGAACAAUACCAACUAUGGUGGACUGCCAAAAGACCCUCGGUCUUUGGUAUUGAGUUUGCAACCCUGCUUCUGCGGAUGUGUUCCUAUGCAACUCAAUUCCUUCCAUGCCCGUCCUAUUGCAUCGAAAGGAUUCGCGGCAUGUCUCUGGCGGAUAUUCGCAGCGCUUGUGAUGACGUCGCUGACAAUCUCGCGGUGACCUGCACCCAUCUAAAUCCUAAGGGCAGCCUGCUCCGCGUACAACAUCUGGUCUUUGCUGGACUCAAGUCCCGGUGUGAAGGCCGUACAAAUGACUUUCGAAAUGCCCUCGGUACUGCAAUUCAGGUCGCCCAGAAGAUUGGACUCGACAAAGAUGCCACUCAAUGGGUGCCGGACAUGAACGAGCUAGAGAAAGAAACGCGACGUAGGAUAUUCUGCAACUUAUACAUAUGGGAUAGUGUUCUUUCUCGACAAUUGGAUCGCAUUGCCAUCCUGCAUGGUGGCUUGAGUCCCGAGAACAUGCCCCGCAUGCGCCUCGGUCCCGACAUCGAUGACACCCAUACCCUCGAGGGCUUCACGGAGCGGAUUCUUCAGGCCCGUCUAGCCAACUUUUGGAAGAAGACAGGGCCCAAGUUAGGUUCCGAGUAUGACAUUGUGUUGGCCGAGGAGCGGUAUGAAAUGCUCUGCAGUGACUUCUUGGCUACCCUGCCCUCGGCCUUUGCCCUACAACCCGACAAGCAAUGGGAUGAGCGUCUCCCAAUGCUCCCACAUCAAAGGGAACUCUUGCACAUUUCUUUAUUCGAGUCUAUUUGCUGCAACUUUCGGCCGGCGCUCCUGCAGGAACCAACUCAGGUCCAAGAGCUCCCCAAAUACAAGCAAGUCUUGCUAUCAUCGCAACGCAAGGCUCUGGCCGUGGCAGCUCUCUAUGUUCUGAGGGGGGCAUCUACCCUACAUGCUUUGAUGGGUGGGUCUCAAACACGGUUCACGGGCAUCAUCCUACCCACAUUCGAGGCUGCAGCACUCCUGGUAUACCUCUGCAUGGAUCGCACGUUUUGCGGAGAGGACGAGCCCCACCGUGCGAGUAUGAACAACUCGGAUCCCCUAGGGGCUGGCAUAGUCAGCUCGAAGCGAGAAGAGUGCAUGCAGGCAGUCCGCGACGCCCUCAAUCGCCUGCAGAUGCUGGCAGAGGUCAGCCAUAUGGCUGAAGUAGGGGCACAGACUCUUGCGCAACUCCUUCGAAAAAUGGCCAAGGGGCCGAGAAAGCCUCAGAAAAGGACCAAGCCCUCGCCGCCGCCUCCUGAAGGUCCAGCUCAAGCGGCUGAAAUCCCGAACGACAUGCCCAUGUCAGAAUACCCAGAUCCAGACCCCGUCACUCUGGCAGAGCUCAUGACCUCGGUUCCUGCAUUUAAUGUUGAUGAUAUGAACUGGGAGGCGAUAUCGUCUGGUCUUUGA